AUGGCUGCGGGUGGACCGCGCGGGGAAACGCUGGAGCAGUACCGCUCCGAGGUGGAGCGGCUUACACACGAGCUCGCCGAGGCUAACCGGGAGAAGAUCCGUGCGGCUGAAUGCGGACUCGUGGUGCUGGAGGAAAACCAAACCCUGAAGCAGCAGUACGCAGACCUCGAGGCCGCGCAGGACACGCUGAGGCAGGAGCUGGAGCAGCUGCACGAGGCCUUUAGUCAGGCAUACUCCAUCCAGAGGAAGGUAGCAGAGGAUGGUGAGACCAACGAGGAAGCACUCCUACAGGAGUCGGCCACCAAGGAGGCGUAUUACAUCAGCCGUCUGCUGAAUCAGCAGACUGAACUGAAGCACACUCGCUCUCAGGCUUCCAACAUGCAGGAAGAGAAUGAAAGAAUGGGCACCAUCUUGCAGGAACUUAGAGAGAGCAGCGAGAUGCUGGAGUUACAGAGGAGCAGGAUGAGAGAAGAAGUGAGAGAGUAUAAGUUCCGAGAGGCUCGGCUGCUGCAGGACUACACCGAGCUUGAGGAGGAGAACAUCACACUGCAAAAAUUGGUGUCGACUCUCAAACAGAACCAGGUGGAGUAUGAAGGUCUGAAACAUGAGAUCAAGGUCUUGGAAGAGGAGACGGCCUUGCUGAAUAGCCAGUUAGAGGAUGCACUGCGCCUGAAGGAUAUCUCAGAGAGUCAACUGGAGGAGGCACUUAAUGCACUGAAGAGUGAACGUGAGCAAAAGAACUGCCUGCGUAAGGAGCUAGCCCAGCACUUUACCCUGUGUGACGGACCUUUCUCUUCAGCUAGUGCCCACCUGGUCGCCCUCGGCUCAGCGCCCCCGAGUGGCACUGCCACCCCUACUGCUGUCAGUUCUCCGGGAAGCGAGGAUGGUGGAAAAUGCAAUGGACUCCUGCUACAGGGUUCAGCUGGAAAAGCACUGGGCCGACUAAAUGGGGACUUCAGGGGACCAGGUCAGAGAAAACUGAGCGACUCCAUGACCCCUGACCUCUUCAGUGAGCUUCACCUCACCGAGAUUCAGAAACUUAAACAACAACUGCAGCAGGUGGAGCAGGAGAAGACAUCUGCACUGAAUAGCCUUCAGGAGUGUGAAACACAGCUACGACACACACGGCGGGCCCUGACUGAACAGUAUGAGAGGGCGCAGCAACUCCAACGGCGAGUUUGUACACUACACCAGCAGGGAAGUGCCACAGAGACUGGUGAUGAGGACAAGCUGGAGGCAGAGGUGAAGGGCCAGUCAUGGGCAUGCGAUGACCUGGAGCACCUGGGUCUGGAACUAUUGCAGUGUAAGUACAAAUUAGCAGUGACCGAGGUGGUGAGCCUUAAUGGUGAGCUGAAGGACCUUCAGGAGAGGCAUAAAGAGUGUGUGGAGCGGGCAGCACGGGCAGAGGAACAUGCCAAGGUCCAACUACAGACUCUGGAAGCACAGGUGGCUUGCCUGGAAUGCAACUGCCGUGAGGGGAGGGAGAAGGAAGUAGCACUUCAGCGAGAGCUGAAGAAAGCUAAUGGUUCUGCUUUGGAAUGCCACAGUACCCUGGUUACAGCCCACGAGGAACUGGCCACCUUCAGCGAGGAACUGGCACAGCUGUACCAUCAUGUCUGCAUGUGCAACAAUGAAACACCCAACCGUGUAAUGCUGGAUUACUACCGCCAGGGACGGACCCCCCCACGUGCUACAUCCACAGGUCUUAAAGCACAGGAUGACCAUCGGGUCUUCUUGACACCAAGGCUGGCGCGCCGUCUGGCGGCUAUCAAUGCUGCCACGUCUUGCACUUCGACGCCAAGUGACUCACAGAGCCCCACAGAGUCACCGUCCAAAGAUCCCCUCAACUCGGAGGACAGCCCAGGGCGCACAGUGCUGAGCUCGUCCGCUGUCAGUGCCUCUUCAUCAUCGUCGUCCUCGUCGCCAGCACCUGAUUCACCUGCAGGCUCAGACACCCGGCGCGAACCCAUCAACCUCCACCACCUGAAUGCCAUUAUCCGCGAUCAGAUCAAGCAUUUGCAGAAGGCCGUGGACCGCUCAUUGCAGCUGUCUCGCCAAAGAGCAGCUGUCCGUGAGCUCGCACCACUCUUUGAUAAGGAAAAAGAGGCUUGUAUGGAAGAAAUUCUCAAGCUUAAGUCCCUGCUGAGCACUAAGAGGGAGCAGAUUGCCACCCUGCGCCUGGUGCUGAAAGCCAACAAACAGACUGCAGAAAUGGCUCUGGCGAACCUGAAAAGCAGGUAUGAGACUGAGAAGAGCAUGGUGACUGACACAAUGAUGAAGCUGCGUAAUGAACUGAAGGCACUAAAAGAGGAUUCUGCCACAUUCUCCUCACUAAGAGCCAUGUUUGCCACACGGUGUGAUGAAUACGUAACACAGCUGGAUGAGAUGCAGAGGCAGCUUGCAGCAGCUGAGGAUGAGAAAAAGACACUGAACUCCCUUCUCCGUAUGGCCAUUCAGCAAAAACUGGCACUAACGCAGCGUCUGGAGGACUUGGAGUUCGACCACGAGCAAUCACGCCGCCCCCGCAUAGGCAGGACGGCCAAACUGAGGACCACAUCACCCAAAAUUGUCAGCAGUCUCCUGCCCCACUGUCGCCAACCUCCUCACAGCUAAGAUUCAGCCAGGCCUCACCAAACAGCAAGUGUGGUGUGGAAGCAAACCUCCAGAAGGUCAUUGUAUCUUGUCUUCCAUUGAGGAACUCCAGCCUUCUAAUCUACCUGUACUCCCACCCAAGCUGAGCCUUGUGCAGCAAACCAAAUAUAUACCCAAACUAGUGUCGCGAUCAUAAAUGCCUUCCAGUACGAGACAGCUAAGGAACUUAUAAUGUCAAAACAACAUCAUUCUAUGGGAUUUUUGACCAAUCCCAUGACAAAAGUUUUCUAAUGCCACGUCUCACUUCAGCGCAGUGAACUACCUCUCUUUUCAAUAUGCUUAAUUAUUCAAAUACGGACGUCUCACACGUUACACUGGGAAUGUUGCAUGCUCAUGACAAAUCAUCACUACGUCUCCCUUUUUACGCAUUCGCACUCUAUGGUUUGUGUUGCACUUUAUUUUGAAGCGCAUAUUUGGCGUCUUCGUUUGUCCUCGCAGUCUUUCCUUCUCACCGCAGUCUCUUAGAUCAAUAAGCACAACUGAGCAUUCCAGCGCUGGCAACGACUUUAACUGUUAACCAGGAACCGUGAUAUCAGUGCUACAGAUGGACCACGCUACCUUACCGACCCCGACACUGCUGACCCUAUGAACUAUUAUGAAAUGAUAUCUUGUGUAACAGUGUGAUUUCUUAUUUGAUCUCAAAUACCCCUUAAUGUCUUAAUGAAGAUGUCUAUUUACAGUGAUCCAAUGUAAGGGCAUUGCUAUGCAUGUGAAAGUGCAGUGUAUUAACUGUUUCUGUACCUAAUCUGCUCCUUGUCUAUAACUGCUGACACUCAUAACAAACUGCCAGAUUUGACUGACUUCUUUCUGGAAGUCCCUUUGUGCAUUACAUCAGCAGGAGGAAUAAACCAGUCAUCAGUGGAAUGCAUUCGGUUUCACUGUCUUUCCCUGUCAGACUCCAUCUUAUACUCCAGUACUGUACAGUACGGUUCAUUGCACAUUGUCAUCGAGUGCGUCCGAAUCAUUUGCUGGUGGACUACUGUGAAUCACACUGGUUAUUUGCACAAUUUGAUCCUGUCUAUGACUGAAGGAUGCCUUCAACACAGACAACAAGACAGAUCUCUGGCAUCAGUGAAAAGAAGACCAAGGAACAACACUUCAGAAUAACGUGUAGUCGUACUUCUUCUAUUUACUAAUUUUGAAUAUAAGCAAUUCAACUAAUGCAUCUGAUAAAAAUAAAAAAAAAUGAA